CUUCUUCUUCUUCUUCUUCUUCUUCUUCUACUACUACUACUACAAAUACUGAGGAAACUAUUGCUUCUGAUUCUACUGUAUACGAUUCAGGAUCACAUCUAUCUGCUGAUGAUAUGCAUUCGAGAAAUUUUAAAACGAUCACAAGAGUCAGUAUUCCCAAAAAAAGAAGUAAAAAUCAAGAUCUAACUGCAUUAGAGGACUCUAAAAAAGAGAACUAUCUAGGCAGAGCGAUAAGUCUCCCUUCUUCCUAUUCUUUAAAUAACAUAGUUUUUACUGCUUCUUCCUCAAAACUUGUACGUGGAAAAUCAGAAUUUUAUAAAAAGGAAUCUAAAGCGAUUUCAGAGUGGCAAUUGACUGUACAAAAAUUCAUUAUACAGCAACAAAAGUCACCUUUUACAUUAAAUCAACAUAAAUUAACUAAAAUAAAGUAUACAGAGAAAGAUCAAGCUAUAAAACGGUUUAUUGUCAAUGAAUUGUAUUCCACAGAAAAAUCUUUUUAUCAGUUUUUGAAUUUUACUCGUAAUAAUUAUAUGGAACCCAUGAAAGUUGCUUCACAAUCAAAAAAUCCUUUAGUAAAGCCUAAUGAUGUUUAUGUAUUAUUCAAUCAUCUUCCUGGUUUUUUGGCUACGUCAGAGAAAGUAUUAUUUAAAUUAGAAGCCUAUCUAAGAAAAGAGAAAAUAGUAGGACAACAACAACAAAAUAAUGACACAUGUCCAGCCCAGGCAAUUGGGCAGAUCUUUAAAGAACUUGAACAAGAUUUUGUUAUUUUCUUAAAAUAUGCAAUUCAUUACCAGUAUUAUAUGAAAGCCAUUCGACAUGCAAGUAACACGGGCUAUGUAAUAAGCAUUAACAACGAAUUAAGAAAAUUAAAUAAGGAAGCCAGUAGAUUAGGACUAGCGGAUUAUCUUAUUUCACCUUUCCAAAGGAUUCCUCGCUAUGAGUUACUAUUAAAAGAUCUUUUAAAGCAUACGCAUGAAGAAGAUGAAAGAUAUGACCUACUUUAUGCCAAAAAUAUUAUUAAAGGUUUGGCUUCAACUAUGAACAAAUUACAAGAAAAGAUUCCUAGAUUAUCUUUUUCAUCAUCAUUUUACAACUUUCAUACGCAGUCAGUAUCCAACUUAUCAAUGUAGCAAGCGUUUUAAAAUAAUCU